AACGCAGUGUGGAAUGUUGCUACAUUGUUGUUGUUUUGUAGUUCAUUUUGAAUUUGGAUACUUUUCGGUAGUUCUCUGAAAGUGUGCUCCGGUUUGAUUCCCACACCGGCGCGUCCUUCUCACCAUCACGGCACCUGCGCGAUCCCGACACACAAGGUCCGCGUCCCCAAGCUGUUUUUCAGUAGGAUUCUGGCCAGUUGAAUGCAUCCUGGGUAUGACGACUAAUCCCAGAGGAAGCAAAGCUUUAAAGGUGAAGAAGGAGGCAGGCGAGAAUGCUCCCGUGCUGAGCGAUGAUGAACUUGUCUCCAUGACGGUUCGGGAGCUGAACCAGCACCUGCGCGGCCUCACCAAGGAGGAUGCGGUGUGGCUGAAACAACGCCGGCGAACUCUGAAGAACCGCGGCUACGCUGCCAGCUGCCGCAUCAAACGCGUCACGCAGAAGGAGGAGCUGGAGCAGCAGAAGACGGAGCUGCAGCACGAGGUGGACAAGCUGGCCCGGGAGAACGCCAGCAUAAAGCUCGAGUUGGAAGCUCUCCGCUCGAAUUACGAGGCUCUGCAGAACUUUGCUCGGUCCGUGGCGCGGGGGCCGAUCAUGCCAGCCAAGGUGGCAGCCACCACCAGCGUCAUCACCAUCGUCAAAUCAGCUGACCACAAGGCAAGCUCGGCUCACUUCUCCACCCCUUCCUAGUGGCAUACUGCAGGCACUUGGGUCAGGGUGUCCUUUGGCAUUUACACUGGGUGCCCAGUACCUAUUGCAUCAUUCAUUAUACCCACCACCCUCUUUCCAGUCCAUCCAUUUGAUUUUCAGACAACCUCUGUGUGGUUUCCACUUUGCUCAGCCGCCCUAGAGUAAGACUAAUUCUGUCAGAAACUUUUGUUCAGUACCAUAAACUCUUACUCAAAACUCCCAGUACCGGCUAGGCGUCACCCGUCUAUGAAAAAUUUGAGAGACAACAAAGCACUUAAUCCAGUACACUGUCAACUUUAUUAGGACAGAAGCUCUAUGGUCUAGAUAAAAAAAAACACUUGUUUUUUUAAGCUGGGACCAGUUGUGGUAAUGAGACUAAAAGUCUCCACACACCAGACAUGAUGCGAUUUGUCCAGCGAUAAAAUAGUACCUUUCACCCCC